AUGGAAGCAGGCGGCAAGCUGCACGGGUUCACGGUGUUGCGGACGAAGCACGUGGCGGAGCUGGAGCUGACGGCGGUGCAGCUGCAGCACGACAAGACGGGGGCAGAGCACCUGCACAUUGCACGGGAGGACAGCAACAACGUGUUCUCGAUCGGGUUCAGGACGAACCCGCCAGACGACACGGGCGUGCCGCACAUCCUGGAGCACACGACACUCUGCGGCAGCGAACAAUAUCCGAUCCGCGACCCAUUCUUCAAGAUGCUGCCGCGGACGUUGUCCAAUUUUAUGAAUGCCUUUACGGCGUCGGACCACACGUUCUACCCGUUUGCCACGACCAACGCGCAAGACUACCGCAACCUGAUGUCGGUCUACAUGGACGCAACGCUGCAUCCGCUGCUGAAGGAGACAGACUUUGCGCAGGAAGGCUGGCGGAUCGGGCCCGAGGACGGCGUGGACGGCGCGGCCGGAAAGCUGGUGUUCAAGGGGGUGGUGUACAACGAGAUGAAAGGCCAGAUGUCGGACGCAGGUUACUUGUUCUACAUCCGGUUCCAGGACCACAUCUUCCCGGCGAUCCACAAUUCGGGCGGCGACCCGGCCAAGAUCACGGACCUGACGCACGCGCAGCUGCGGGCCUUUCACGCGGCACACUACCACCCGAGCAACGCGAAGCUGUUCACGUACGGCGACAUGCCGCUGGCCGAGCACCUCCAGGCGCUCGACGCACGGCUGCAGGUGUUUGGACAGGUGUCACGUGACACCGAAAUACGGCGGCCGAUCGACCUGCGAGCAGCGGGCAACAGCUCGCGCACGGUGGUAGUCACGGGGCCGACAGACCCGCUGGCAGACGCGAACCGGCAGUUCAAGACGUCGGUGUCGUGGACGCUGGGCGAGACGGGGGACGUGGUCGAGUCGUUUGCGCUGUCGCUGGUGGCGGCGCUGCUGACCGACGGCUACGGCUCGCCGCUGUACCGGGGGCUGAUCGAGUCAGGCCUGGGCACGGACUGGAGCGCCAACACGGGCUACGACGGGUCGGGAGCCGUCGGCAUCUUUUCAGUCGGGCUGACGGGCGUGCAAGAAGCGGACGUGGCGCGCGUGGGCGAGACGGUCGACACAGUCUUGCAGGCGGUACGGGCGCGCGGAUUUGAGCGGGCCAAGAUCGACGGGUACCUGCACCAGCUGGAGCUCGGGCUCAAGCACAAGACGGCCAACUUUGGGGUGUCGCUGCUGCAGCGGCUCAAGCCGCAGUGGUUUGCGGGCGUGGACCCGUUUGCGUCGCUGGCGUGGAACGACACGAUCGCCGCCUUUGAGGCGCGGCUGGCCGAGGGUGGCUAUCUCGAGGGCCUGAUGGACCGCUAUCUUCUGGGCCAGAACCGGCUGACGUUUACGAUGGCACCGUCGGCUGCGUACGGCGACGAGCUGGCGCGCGAGGAGGAGGCGCGGCUGGCAGUGAAGAUCGGGGCGGUCGAGAGCGAGCAGGCAACGGCAGCGGCUGCCCGGGAGCAGCUCGUAGCCCGCGAGGCCGUCUUGCUGGCCGAGCAGACACGAGCCAGCACCGAAGAUCUGAGCUGUCUGCCGACAGUGCACGUGACCGACAUUCCGCGACAAAAGAGUGCGACCAGCGGCGUUGUCGUGCGGGACAGUCGCCAGGCCCAAGCCGACGUGCAGUGGUGUGAGGCGCCGACCAACGGGCUGACGUACCUGCGAGCGAUCAACGAGCUGCGCGGCCUGCCGGACGAGCUGCGGCCGUUGGUGCCGCUGUUUGCCGACGCCGUCAUGCGGCUGGGCACGCCGGCCCUGGCGACCGAGCAGCUCGAGGACGCCAUCAAGCUGACGACCGGCGGCCUCUCGGUCGGCUACCACGCGGCCGCGCUGCCCGGUGACGUCCAGACAGCCCGCGAAGGGCUCGUGCUGGGCGGCACCGCCCUCGACCGCAACGUGCCGGCCAUGCUGGCUCUGUUGCGCGCCCUCGUGCUCGAGACCGACUUUGACAGCGCCGCCGCCGAGCAGCAGGUACGCCAGCUGCUGCAGGCCGCCGCCGACGGCGUCGUCAACGACAUCGCCUCGUCCGGCCACGCGUUUGCGCGCCGUCGCGCCGAGGCUGGCCUCACACCCGCGGCCCGUCUGCGCGAGCAGGUCAGCGGCCUCGAACAGGUCCGUCUCGUCGGCGCCCUCGCUGCUCGCCCUGACCGCCCUGGCCAGCUCGCCGACGUGCUCGCCCGCCUCAAGGCCAUCCAGCAGAUUGCCCUGCGGUCGGGCGGCCCGGCUGGCGGACAUCUACGCGUUGCGGUCACGUGCGGCGCCGAAAGCGCACGGACCAACGAGACCGCCUUGGGCGACUUUUUGUCGACUUUGCCGACAGCCCCUGAUUCGGCCUCGUCGCUCUCGGCUGCCUCUUCUCCUUCCACACCCUCCUCCUCCUUCUUUCCCCUCCCCUAUCAGGUCUCGUAUGGGGCGCUCGUGCUGCCGACCGUCGCCUACACGGCCACCGAGGGCGCUGCCCUGCAGGUGCUGGCGCAGCUGCUGACGCACAAGCACCUGCACCACGAGAUCCGCGAGAAGGGCGGUGCCUACGGCGGCGGCGCGUAUGCGCAGCCGCUCGAGGGCGUCUUCGGGUUCUACUCGUACCGCGACCCGAACCCGGCCGGCAGCCUGGCGACGAUGCGCAACGCUGGACGAUGGGCGGCCGAGCGGACGUGGACAUCACGUGACCUCGAGGAAGCCAAGCUGUCCGUCUUCCAAUCCGUCGACGCGCCCCGAUCGGUCAACGAAGAGGGCAUGGGCCGGUUUCUGUACGGCAUCACCGACACCAUGCGUCAGGCCCGCCGUGAACAGCUGCUCGACGUCGGCCCCGACGACGUGCGUGCCGCCGCCCAGCGCUUCCUCGUCGACGAGCUCGCCCACGGCGCCGACCGCACCGCCUUCCUCGGACCGCCGCAGGACUGGGCCUCGGCCGAGACCGGCUGGGCCGUCGAGGAGAUGCAGGCCGUGCAGGCCGUGCAGGCAGGGGAGGCCUAG